AUGGCAUGCAUAAUGAAGGGAAAAGACACUAAAAGGGAGAGAAACACAAACAGCUUAAGCACCGUUGCAGAAAUUGAUGAUCUAGUCACACCACCUGUGGAAAUAAGAUACACUAAAAAUCUAAUAAAUGGGGAGUUUGUGGAUGCUGUGUCAGGAAAAACAUUUCCUACAUAUGACCCGCGAACUGGGGAAGUGAUUGCUAACGUUGCUGAAGGUGACCAAGAAGAUAUCAAUCGUGCAGUGUCUGCAGCUCGAAAGGCUUUUGAUGAGGGACCAUGGCCAAAGAUGACCCCUUAUGAAAGAUCACGAGUACUAUUGCGCAUUGCUGAUAUGAUUGAGAAACACAGUGAUGAGCUUGCAACACUGGAAACAUGGAAUAAUGGCAAGCUUUAUGAACAGGCAGCCAAAAUUGAAUUACCAUUGGUUGUACGUCUGCUUCAUUACUAUGCUGGUUGGGCAGAUAAAAUUCAUGGUGUCACGGUUCCGGCUGAUGGGAAUUAUCAUGUACAAACAUUGCAUGAACCAAUUGGGGUUGCAGGGCAAAUCAUACCUUGGAACUUUCCUCUAUUGCUGUUUGCUUUCAAAGUUGGACCUUUGACUGGUUUAUUUGCUGCACAGCUAUUUCUUGAGGCUGGUCUUCCACCAGGGGUCCUAAUUGUGUCUGGUUUUGGUCCAACUGCUGGUUCUGCUCUUGCUGGUCAUAUGAAUGUGGACAAGCUCGCUUUCACUGGAUCAACUGAGACAGGAAAAAUCAUAUACGAACUGGCUGCGAAGAGCAAUCUUAAGGCUGUGACACUGGAACUAGGAGGAAAAUCACCAUUCAUAGUGUGUGAGGAUGCUGAUGUUGACAAGGCCGUGGAACUUGCACACUUUGCUCUUUUCUUCAAUCAGGGCCAAUGCUGUUGUGCCGGGUCACGUACUUACGUGCAUGAACGAAAAUACGAUGAGUUUUUGGAGAAAGCAAAGGCUAUGGCUUUGAGACGUGUUGUCGGUGAUCCAUUCAAGAAAGGCGUGGAACAAGGACCUCAGAUUGAUUCAGAACAGUUUGAGAAAAUCCUACGAUACAUAAGGUCAGGUAUUGAAUCCAACGCUACUCUGGAAUGUGGCGGUGAGAGAAUUGGCACAAAAGGCUUCUUUGUCCAACCAACAGUCUUCUCAAGUGUUAAGGAUGAUAUGCUGAUAGCUAAAGAUGAGAUCAUUGGCCCAGUCCAAACCAUACUAAAAUUCAAAUAUCAGAAAUGGAGAAUUCUGCAUCUUCGCACACAAGCAGGACUACGCUAUCCACAUUACCAAGGGAAAUGCCUUUAUGUUAUUGUGGUAUUCAAAGUAGGAUACAAUACUCAAAAACUCGUAAGAAUCCAGGGAGAAAAUUUUUUGGUUGUGGAAGAUAUAACGGAACAAAUAGUCAUUGUCGAUUUUUUGAAUGGUUCAACGAAAUGGAUCAAGUGGAAGAAUUAGAAACAAUAGUGUCUGGGCAUAUUUCUGAUAUAUCUGAGUUACAGGUUAAAAUUGAGAAGCUGAGAGAGGAGUUAAAUGUUACAAAUAAGAAGGUAGAAGUUGUGGAAGAAAUGGUGAUGGAUGUUUUGAAGAUGGUGAAAACAAAUGAGAUUAAAAUGAGGAACAAAUUUAUUGUGCUUUGGAUCAUAGUGUUUGUCUUGGCUGGAAUUAUAAUGAUAUGAAGAACAAUUGUUAAA